AUGCUGCAUGGGCAGGAGCAGCAGCAGCAGCGGGUUUUGGGGAUGUUUCGGGGAAUUCUACUGUGGCGCCGGCUACGAAGAAGAGGGCGAAGACGGCUACGGCGGCUACGGCGGGGAAGGGUAGAGGUAGUCGUGCAGCGGAUGGAAACUCGGAGUAUGAUGUUUCUGGUAUUGGAUUGGAGCAUGAGGAGGACGAGGAGCUUGAGGUGCCCGUGUUUGAGACUUGUGAUCGAGUCAGGGACAUGAUCCGGAAGCAUGUUGCCAAGCCCGGUGUCACAAAGGCCGGGUUCCUGAGGGAUGCGGCCAAGGCGACAUUCCCUGGGGGCGAGAAGACGAUCAACCCCGGUUUGCUGCAGGUGUUCCUCAAGCAAGAGGGCGCCCUCGUGGAAAACACGGCCAUAGUCUUCUAUGCGGCGUAUGUCUUCUUCGAGAAGUUGAGGAUCAAGAAUGGGGAGCCGAAGGAUGAUCUUCGCCUGACCAUGGAGGAGAUCUGGCCCUUUGGGAUCGAGCGAGAGAAGCCGGUCAACGGACCCUGGAUCGUUGCGACCGGAAGUCAGCCAUACAUCAACGAGUUUGGGCAACUUCGGGUCCUGCGAAAUUGUUAUCCAUAGGAGAGAUUAGCAGGUGCGCUUGCUGUGAAGCAUCCACAAGACCCAUUUGUCGGGGUAUGAUGCAAUUUUGAAGGUGUGAUUCAAUUCCCUUGAGUAGUGUCUUAAGUGGUGUGUAUGUUAGUGUAUCUUGACGUCGGGUGCGUCUUGAGGUUGAUCGUUGCCUUGCUGCUCGGGCUUCAAUUGACCUGCGAGCAAUUUCCCCUGAGAAUCGACGCCCUCGAAGAUCUCAGCUGUA